AUGGCAUCAAAUUAUACUCAAGCAUUUGUAGUAAAUGAACGAAAUCAUAGUUCAUCUGAAAUACCAGCUCGUUCUUUUUCAACGAAUUCAUCUAAUUCAAAAGAACAUUUGUAUACCAACCAUUUUACAUUUUCACUCUAUAAUAAUAUUACACUUUGUCAAUAUGAUGUUGCUAUUGAAGAAAUGGAUACUAGAUCUAAUGUUUGGAAAGAAUGUGAAGGUCGUUCACGAUGUGCUAUUAUCAUGCAAUCAUUUAUUUCGGAUCAUCAGUUAGAACCAAAUGUUUUUGUAUGGUAUGAUGAACAAAAAUGUCUCUAUAGUACAUCAUAUUUAUCAACACCAUAUUUAAAGCUUGAUCAAAAUAAUCAACAUCGACUUAAUAUUAAAUCAUUAUCAAAUCAAUGGUCAACAAAUGAUAUCAACGAUUAUAUUAAUGGGAGAACAAAAAUAUUUCCACACGAUGCAGUACGUAUUAUUGAAACUCUUUUAAAACGAUCACUUCAAAAUCGCAUCAAAAUUGUUAAAAAUAAAUGUUAUUUUUUGAAUACUGAAUCAACUAAAAUCGAAGAUGAUUAUGAAAAACAAUAUGGUUUUAAACAACGUCAUGGUUUCAUUCAAGCACUUAAUCUUUCUUCUCAAAAAUUAACAUUAAAUAUUCAAACGAAACUUACAACAUUCUAUUCUGAUAUACCUUUAUUAGAAUUUAUUCAUAAACAAAUUGGUCAUAAUCAAAUACCAACAAAUAAAGAUUAUAAAAAAUUAAAUCGAAUAUUAAAUAAUUGUAUAAUUGUUACCAAACAAUCGAAUUGGAAGACAGAAUAUGAAUUUGAUAGAUUCGAUCAUCGACGACCUGAUGAAAUUUCGUUCGAAUCAGGUGAAUUAUUAAGUGAUUAUUUUCGAGAUAAGAAAAAGAUUAUAUUAACAAAAACAGAGUAUCCAUGUAUUCAAGUAUAUUUACGAAAUAAAUAUGAUAAACCAUGUCAUCUACCAUUAGAAGUUUGUAAAGUUAAAGAAUGGCAAGUUUAUGAUGAAUUACCGUCAGGACAAGAAGGUAGAAACCAUAUUCCUACACCGGAGAAACGUUAUUAUAAAAUUAGAAGUACACUUCGUGAUUGUAAUUAUAAUUCAAAUUUACUUUGUCAAGUCAUUGGUUUUCGUAUUGAUAAUGAUGAAAUGUUGGAAUUGGAUGCUCGAAUUUUGAUGUCACCAAAGAUUAUAUCAGGAUUAAAUCAUCCAGCUCGUGUUGAUAAUGGUCGUAUUUUUCUUGAUGGCCAAUUAUGUGUACCUAAACUAAUAUCAACUUUAGCUAUCACAUAUUUUGGUACAAAUUUUGCUAAAAAUAAAAGUGAUUUUGAUUACUUUACAGAUACAUUAGUUGGUGUUAUGAAACGUUACAGUAUUUACGGAUCUCAUGAAGAACAUAUUGUAAAGCCUUCUUUUGUUGAUAUUGAUGGAUAUUUUCGAAGAAUGAGUGAACAAAAUUGUCAAUUUAUUGUUUGUGUUAUGGAUGAAAAUAAUGAAGACGAUCUCACACAACUUAAAGUGAAUAUAAAAAAAUGUGGUAUAAGAAUACAUGGUAUUCUGACUCAAUGUACUUCGUUUUCUGAAAUUCCAUCUGAUGAAAAAUCUUUAAAGAAUUAUUGUGAAAAUUUAGUUCGAAAAAUAAACUUUAGAAAUGGUGGUAUUAAUACAAUCGUUGAUUUGGAUGUUGCAUUAAAGGAUAAAAAAACAGCAAACGAUUUUUAUAUGUUUUUCGGUGCAGAUGUAAUACAUCCAACUAAUGUUACACGUCAACAUCCAUCUAUUGCAGGUACAAUGGUUGGUUCAGGUAAUUCAUCGUGUUCAACAACAGCUGAUUGUGUUUGUAAACAAUAUCCAAAACAAGGCAAAUGUUCUAUUGAAAUAAUUCUUGGUAUGACAGAAAUGGUUCAACAAUUAUUGAGUUAUUAUUAUCAAUUAAAUCAACAUUUACCAAAUAAAAUUGUCUUCUAUAGAGAUGGAGUUGAUGAUGGGCAAUUUUCAAAAGUUCUUGACAUUGAAAUACCUGCAAUUCGUCAAGCAUUUAAUAAUAUGUAUGGUGAUAAAAGUAAACAUCCUCUUCUUACAUUAGUUAUCGUUAAAAAACGUCAUAAUACACAAACAGAUAAUAUGUCAAUUGGUUGUGUUAUUGAUACAACUAUUGUUCAUCCUUAUCAACAUAAUUUCUAUAUAAAUUCGCAUAAUGCUUAUCAAGGUGUAAAUCAUCCUUCGCUCUAUCAUGUACUUUUAAAUGAAAUUGAAUUUACAGCUGAUCAAUUACAAUUACUGACAUAUCUUUUAUGUUUUACUGAUCCUCGAUCAUCAGCUUCUGAAGCAAUUCCAUCAGUUGUUCAUCAAGCAGAUAAAGCUGCAUUGAAUGCUCGAGAUUUAUAUUUUAAUGAUGAAGAUUCAUCAACAAUGAAUGCUCAUGAACGAUAUAGAACAUUAUAUAAUCCAACAGUUAACGAUUUCGAUUACGAAAUUCUUCAGGUUCAUGAAAAUCUCAAAAAUAAAUUUGUAUUUGGGUGA